CUGGUCUGUUCUCUUACAUUCUUCGCAUAUACCUUUAGAUACACUUAAAACAUAACUUUAAGGUGAGGAAGAAGUGCCCCUGCCCUUCAGGAGUCCAGGGGAUGGGCUAAGGUCCCUCAGAGGCUGCCAGAGGUUAGGUUAGUCACCGCACACUUAUAUUUGAAACAUUACCUAAUCUAACGUAACCACAGGGGCUAGACCCACCUUUACGGACACCAAUAUCAGUUAGCAUAACCUCUGGAACACCCCUGAAGGACGGGGGCACUCCUCCCCCAUCUAAUACUAUGUGUUUCAGGUUUAUCAAGAGGUUUGUGAAAGAAUGGAAGAGGAUAGAUGUGUAACAAGAGGUUUGUGAAAGAAUGGAAGAGGAUAGAUGUGUAACAAGGACAAGAGAGGACUCUAAACAAUUACUACUACUUUUUUUUUAGACAAACUGCACAAUAUUCCAUAAAUAACUUUUGUAGGUGAAUAAACUGAUGUUCAUUGUGGUGAAUAAUAUUCAAGUGUGGCUGACUUUCAAGGAUAAAAGGCAUUAAAGUCAACUUCCUGCAUGCCACUGUUUAUAACGCUGUAAUCCAGUGUUAGGAACUUGUCAAGCUUAGUUCCUGGUGUCAAAAUAUGUGAGUGCAUAAUUAAUAAGGAGGGAUGAGGGAUGAUGCUAACCUUACAAAACCAAACCUUACCAAACCUGCCAUCAAGCACCCCUGGGGCUGCCCCUUCCUCACCCACCCCAUUAUUAUUCAUGUGUACAAAUAUUUCUAGACUUGUUAGGUUUAUUUCUGACAUGUUUCUAACACUGCCCUAAGGAUAACUUAAUUUACUAUACUGCUGGCAAAAAAAAAUUGACAGCAGAAGUAAUAUGUGUAUGGAUAUGAUGGCAGUGAUUGAAGCAAUAUGUGUAUGGAUAUGAUGGCAGUGAUUGAAGUAAUAUGUGUAUGGAUAUGAUGGCAGUGAUUGAAGUAAUAUGUGUAUGGAUAUGAUGGCAGUGAUUGAAAGAACACUGCAUUACAUGCAGAAGGAUCAUUAAAUUUGUGACCGUUUUUGUUUUUUUCUUUUGGGCCUACAACAAAGAUGUAUCUUAUUUAAAAUAAAUAAAUAAAUAAAAUGAAAACUAAUGGCUUAUAAUCUGCUUUCAGACCUACGCAAGCGUCAGCAGAGUCUUUGAGUGUGUGUGCACCGAGUUGAGUGAUAAGUCGGUGCAGGAAAUCAAGAUGCCUCCAACACACCUUGAUCAAAGGAGAACUGCACAACAGUUCUUCAGGAUAAAAAAUUUCCCAAGGGUUACUGGGGCCAUUGAUGGCACCCACAUUGCCAUCAAGGCCCCAGGUGUGGACGAGGCCCUUUACUUUAACCAGAAAAGGUAUCACUCCCUCUCAACAUCCAACUUGUUUGUGAUGCGAAUGGAGUGAUCCUCAGCUACUGCUCCAGACUCCCAGGUGCCUGCACUCUUAUGGAGGUAGCUUGCAGUACAGACCCAUCAAAUGUGUGAAAAUAAUUAAUGCUUGCCUGCUCCUACACAACCGCUGCAUCAAGUUCCUGAUGACCUACCACCUCUUGAGGAUGAAGCAGUGCCCCAUGCUGGUGCCGACCCUGCUGUGCUGCAGAGGGGUCUACGUGCUCCAGGCAGAAUUGUGCAGCAAGAAAUCAUACAAAACUUCUUCCAGCAAUGAAAUUGUCAAAGUGCCUGGGACAUGUUUUGUACAGCCAGCCCCUGCUCCUGCUGCACCAUCACCAGCUCGCCCAUGCUCAGAUGAAUCUGCUGUUGGGUUUCCUGCACUUGAGAGAGAACUUCCAAGUCUGAGUGGCCACCUGCAAUACAGUUUAGAAGCAAACAUGACUUUACACCACAAGUUACAAAAUAAGUGGUAUUUUAGAUAUCGUCAUGCUAUCUUGUUGUGUCCCUUUACCUCAUUUGCUCCUUGGACCUUUCUGCUAUAGUGUACACAGGGUUGUGGUAUGACACACUUAUGGAAUCACCAAUUUAAAAAUAUAAUGGCCACCUGAGAGAAGUAUUCCUAAAAAAAAAAAAAAAAAAAAAGUUCAAAGUAGAAAAGACACACUGGCAGGAGUUGUAUAAUCAGUGUUCAUCAUACUGGAGGACAACUGAAUACAUGUUAACAUGUUACU